AUGCAUUUGUCGGUGAUAUCGAAUCCAACCUCUCCUCCUGACCAGAUCUCUUCCUCGCUCGAGCUGGAGCCGAUGUCGACGUCCGAAGACGAAGACAUUGCCAACAACAACGAGCAUGAAACCCAUUCGUCGCUAUCAGCGUCCUCUUCCACAACAGAUUCCGAGCUUUCGUCCAAUCUCCACAUGGCAUACUUCGACAAUGGUAAUCUGAAUGAAUUAGCGAGCAACGAAGCCGAGGAGACGGAGGAGCUUAUGCGAAAAGCCGCCCAAACAAUCCUGGAUAGAACUCCUCAGCGCGCUCGACAAAUCUCCCAAUCGAGGAGUCUGCAUAGCAUGCGGACGGCUCCUCCGGAAUACCCCGAACAAAACUCGUCGAAAUUCCAUCGAUCCCGACUGCGCGAUGACCGCGAGGAGAUUCGACAACGACUAGGCAUGUUGGAUGUGGAAGAAUCAAAAGUUCUACUUGCACCGAAGGAUUCGGAAGGAUCACGAGAGCCUUCUAGCGAUGAGACGAAGGUCACGGAUUCCCGACUCCCACGAAGGAGUCGGGUUCAAAGACCGACGUCCUUCCCGUGUCGUCGCAAACCCAUUCGUCUGAACUGCAUGACACCUAUCAGUACCGACGACCAAUCAUUCUUGGCGAGGAAAACGCGACUCAUGGCCGAGGCGCGGCUCGCUCUGGCUCAAGCACCCGAGCAUGCUCGGAGAGAACUUCAGAGCUUACGCGAAAAGCGGAAUCUCCAGCGGAGGAGUGCUGUCGCAUCGCUGCUCCUGCCCCCGGGCUCGCGACGUUUCAAUCGGACAAUACUUUCGAAACUCUGUGCUCGGAAAUUGCAAUUCAUCCUCAACGAUCUACGCGAACAAGUGGAGAGUCUCAACGAAGAGCUCGUCAAGCUCCUGUUGCAGAGAGACGAAUUGAACAUGGAGCGCGAUGGGAAACUUGUCGAAAUCGAAGAUCUCGAUAGAAUCGAACCCGAUUGCAAUACAAGCCUGCUCAGCACCCUGGUGCAGUCGAUGUGAGCAGAUGGAAAGCAGAGAGAGUAUCUCGCUACUCU